UACGAACCUCUGUGCACUCGCGAAAUCCGGGUUAAGAAAUUUAACUGAAUUUUCAAGACCCUCUCCACCUCUCUUUCUUCUCACACAAUGCUUUUGAACAAUACCGUAAAGAAGGCGGCAAACACUGUAUUCAAGAGAUCAGUGGCCACGCGCCCAGUCUUGAAAUCGAGUAUCUUUCCAAAAGCGCUCUUGGUGACGGGAGGGUUGCUCGGGUUGUCGCUCACGUCGUACUACCUUUUGAAUGCCAGAUCUGCAGUCCAUGAGUAUGUGUUCUGCCCGUUGAUUAGAGCGUUCACUGAUGCUGAAGAUGGCCAUAAAUGGGGAGUUGCCCUUAUGAAGUACGGUUUGGUACCGAAGUUGUUCGACGACCAGGACGACGCGGUCUUGGCAACCUGUGUGUUCGGUAACAGAGUCUUGUCGAACCCAGUAGGGUUGGCUGCUGGUUUGGACAAAGAUGCCGAGGCGAUUGACGCGUUGUUUGACUUUGGUUUCGGCUACGUCGAGGUCGGGUCGAUCACCCCGGAGGCCCAGCCAGGUAACCCACAGCCAAGAUUCUUUAGGUUGCCUAAGGACGAUGCCGUCAUCAACAGAUACGGCUUCAACUCCACGGGCCACUGGGAAGUUGCCACCAGAUUGAGACUUAGACUCGAGAAGCUCGUGCAAAGGUAUGUGGCUUCCGAGACCAACGCGUUCAGAGAAAACAGAAUGUUGGGAAUCAACUUGGGGAAAAACAAACACGGCGAAGAGGUGAACGAUUACGUGUUAGGGGUCAGAAGGUUAGGACAGUUUGCAGAUGUGUUGGUUAUCAAUGUGUCUUCGCCUAACACCCCGGGUUUGCGAGACUUGCAGUCCGAGUCGAAGUUGACCAACUUGUUGAAGACCGUGGUUGCUGAGAGAGAUAUUUUGAAGGUAAACCGAUUGGGCCAGAAGCCACCAGUGUUGGUGAAGGUGGCGCCAGAUUUGAGCGAGGUGGAGAUUGCCUCCAUCGCGCAGUCUGCGAAGGAUGCCAAGAUCGACGGAAUCAUUAUCUCCAAUACCACCAUCCAGAGACCGGUUGACCAGUUGAGAACCAAGGACUUGGAGUUGGUUAACCAGAUGGGGGGCUUGUCUGGAAAGCCGUUGAAGCCGCUCUCUUUGCAGGCUUUGAGAACCUUGCGCAAGUACACCAAGGAAUCCGACUUGACGAUCAUCGGCUGCGGUGGAAUUUCCUCCGGAAAGGACGCCAUAGAGUUUGCCAAAGCCGGUGCUAACUUUGUGCAAUUGUAUACGAGUUUUGCCUACAGAGGCCCAGGCUUAGUGGCCAAGAUCAAGGAUGAGAUCACCGCUGAGUUGAAGAAGGAGGGCAAGACUUGGAAUGAGAUUGUUGGUGAAGAUGACAAAUAGACAAGGUGAUGCAUAGCGAGGCAAGGAUAGCAGAGUGGAGUCUCUUAUGGUAAAGCUAUCUGACUAAGCAUCUCUAGGGGCCAUAAAGUUCUGUGAGCCUAACGGAACUUUAUAAGCUCUUCUAGUAUAGCCAAAACUAUAAACUUAUAGAGAGGAAUUAAAUACACCUUUGACUAGUACGC